AGAGAAAGUGAGAAGGCAGAGUCCCUGAAGGAAGAGACAGACUAAAAAUGAUGCUAGAACGAGGAGAAGAGAAGAAUAAGAUGCAAUGAAAUGAGUGAGUCUACAACAGGUGGAGUUGAAACAGAGGCAGAAGACACGCUGUUAAUGGGACGGAAAUGAUGAUAUGUGUUGAUGCUCAGAUUUGAGGGAGAAUGUUCAUCAUUGCAGCCUUCCAGCGUGAAUCGAUAACCUGAGGAGAGCGACGUGACUGACGCACUGAAAAAGACAAAUGAAACCUGAAAAAGCUGAACUAUUCAAGUUUAGAAGGUGACAUCAAAAUGGAUGUUUGGCAGUGAUUCAAGGAUGACGCAUCCUUGGACACCAGUGAAGAGUUUUUGGAUUUGGACAAGAGGACAGCUUCACCAGACAGAAUACCAGAGUUAAUCGGUCUGAUUUGUCUCAAACUGUCUCUACUUCAGCACUGACUCACCACCGUCCCUGUCAUCUUUUCAGUCCUCAUCAUUAACGUGGAUCAUUAACAUCACAUCACUAUCAUGAUGAACUUCAACAGUACUGAAGCAUUGCUCUUUAUCAAUACUUCAUUUCCCAUCAUGCCCAUAACAGCAGAUGAGGCUAACAGAAGCAGCAAGGAAGCAUAUCUUCAAAGUAUGGCCCAUUUGGAUGAAGGACUCUAUAACGACUACUAUGGCCUCUGGAUCACACUGAUGGUUAUGAACUCUCUCAUUUUUCUGGUGGGCAUGGUCCUCAAUACAGUUGCACUUUAUGUUUUUUGUUUCCGUACCAAGCAAAAGACCACCUCGGUGAUCUACACCAUCAAUCUGGCAGUGACUGACCUGCUGGUGAAUCUUUCUCUGCCUACUCGCAUCGUGCUCUACUACAGUGGAAGCGCUUGUCUCACCUGCUCCUACAUGCACAUCUUCAGCUAUUUUGUCAAUAUGUACUGCAGUAUUUUGUUUCUAACCUGCAUAUGUGUCGACCGUUACCUUGCCAUUGUCCAGGUUGAAGCUUCUCGUCGUUGGAGGAACUCCAGUGUUGCUAAGUGUGUUUGCAUUUCUGUCUGGCUGUUUGCAAUCGUGGUCACCUACUCCUUUCUAUCCACUGCUUUGCAAAACACUGGCUGUGGUAUCUUAAAGCUUAUCUUUCUUACAAUCACUGAGUUCUUCUUACCCCUCAUCAUCAUUGUGGUCUUCACGCUGCGCAUUAUGUGGGCCCUGACUGACCGUCGCCUAAUGCAACAGAGCAGGGAGAGGAGAAGGAGGGCUGUCCAGCUGCUAACAACUGUACUGAUUAUAUUCACUGUCUGCUUCACCCCCUUCCACAUCAGACAGGUUCUGGUGUACUUCUACCCUGAUAUGCCCCAUCAUGUGAUUGUAUACCACUUAACUGUCACUCUUAGCAGUAUGAACAGCUGCAUGGAUCCUGUUGUCUACUGCUUUGUUACAAACAACUUCAAGGCCACCAUGAGACAUCUUUUCCGCCGUGCAGAGCCGGAUCAGACCAGUGGUGAAAUUGUCAGUAUGCAGCACAGCUCCAAAGCCUCAGGAGGGCCCGCCAACGCCAUCACUAAUAAUGUGCUCAUGAUGACCAAGAUUCCCAAUGCACUGAGGAGAGAUUAUUUGAGGAAGAAUCAUACUCUGUAAAACUUUUGUUCUGUAAACCAAAGGAUUUUAUUUUUUACUUGAAUUUUGACAAGAUCAUUUUUUUUUUUGUCUGAAGCGUAACUCUAUUAUCAUGCUAAAGACAUUCUUAUCUUAUUAUACUAUCUAGGACUGACAAGAAUCUGGAGGAAUUAUGCAUCUCAAAGUUUCUUUGUGAACACUGAAACCCUGUGUACAUCAUCUUUAUUUUAAAUUUGUAUAAUUACCUUUGAGGUGUAUUUGCUCAACUAAAUGAGAAAGCCUAUUUUUUGAAACCCAUUUUUAUUAAUUACAGAUAGUUCAAAUCAGUAAUGCAUAAAAUAAUCUCUAGGGUAAGUGUUAGUGUGUACCUAAUAAAAUGAGCAGUGAUUUCUGCUGUGUCUGUUUUGCAGUAUGAAAUAACCAAGAUGCAAAGCAAAUGCACCAACUCUUAUAAAUACACAUUCAUUGUGUAACAUUUUCAGAUUAACAAAACUUGGAUUAACUCCUCACGCUAAUGACCUACCAUCCACCUAUCCCACCUUUCCACAUUUUUGCCUUAUUCGCUUGUAAAGAUAGAUAAAUAAAAUCUAUAAUGUCUAUCUUCACACAGCAAAGGGCAAUGUUGCACAUUAUUUAAAAGAGUAUUACUAUAAGCCACCAUGGAAAUUGUUAUAACUUGGAAAUUGGAACAUGGAAAGUGUUUA